UGUUUUCGCGCAGGACCGGCUGUCCAAAUGGUGUCCCUGAUUUGCACUUUAAAGGACCAUCGAGACGAUGUCAACUGGUGUGCAUUUUCAGCAAAGCUGUUGGCCACAUGUUCUGGAGACAAAACCCUCAGAAUAUACGACACCCGUGACUUCUCAGAGCUGCCCUUCUCACCACUGUCGGGACAUGGCUACAGCGUCCACUGCUGCUGCUUCAGUGCAUGCGGACAGUUCCUCGCCUCAUGUUCAACAGAUGCGACCAUAGUGAUCUGGUCAAUGGUCACGGGCGAGAUCGAGGCCAUCCUUGAGCAUCCUGGUCGCAGCCCUGUCAGGAUCUGUGCGCUCUCUCCUGACUCUGUCCACCUGGUUUCUGGUGCUUCAGAUGGCUCUUUGGCUCUGUGGGAUUUUCCCUCCAAACAGCUGCUCAGGACCGGGUCAGUGAGCGACACCACGAUGGUAGCCUGCUCCUUCAGCCCCUGCGGCCAGGUGUUCAUGACCGGCUCUACCUAUGGAGACCUGCGUCUGUGGAACCUGGACAUGAACCAGCUCCAUGCAGAGAAGAACGCCCAUGACCUGGGAGUGACCUGCUGCACCUUCGCUCCCAGCAUCCUUAGUGAUGAUCAAGUCGUGCAGUUUCGUUUGGCAUCCUGCGGGCAAGACAAUCAUCUGAAGAUCUGGGUGAUAAACAAGUUCAACAUUGGAGCCUAUAAGAUGCAGCUCCUCCACACAUUAACCAGCCAGUCGGCUCCAGUCCUCUCAUGUGCGUACUCCUCAGAUGGGCAGAUGCUGGUGUCUGGCUCUGUGGACAAAACAGUUACAGUCUAUGAUGCAAAAAAUGCAGUUUUGCUUUACACGCUGAACCAGCAUGAGAGGUACGUCACAGCAUGCUCCUUCUCUCCAACAUCACCGCUAAUUGCUACAGGAUCGAUGGAUAAGACCGUAAACAUCUGGAGGUUGGAGGACGGAUGCAGCGGUCGUGAUGGAAAAUCAAUACCUGAGGAGUCAGCACGGACAUCAGGUGAAGGGAGAACCUCGGCAGGCCGAUCGAAGCUGCUGGUCAGCGAUUGGUCGGAGGAGGAUGUGUCAGUGUGGCUGCUGGAGGAAGGGUUUGAGGGAUUGGUGGACAAAUUCAGGAACAACAACAUAGACGGGACGGAGCUGCUCAGUCUCACCAAGGAAACGCUGGCGUCAGAGCUGCACAUAGAGUCAGUAGGCUUGCGCAGCAAGGUUCUGAGGAAGGUGGAGGAGCUGAAGGGUGAGUCGGUUUGUUCGGGUAUUCCUGAUGAGUUCUUGUGUCCAAUCACCAGAGAGCUGAUGAGGGAGCCGGUCAUUGCUGCUGAUGGAUAUUCGUAUGAAAGAGAGGCCAUCGAGAGCUGGAUCAACACCAAAAACCGCUCCAGUCCCAUGACCAACCUCCCUUUACUGACAACUCUGCUCACUCCAAAUCACGCGCUGAAGAUGGCCAUUGGUCGGUGGAAGACAAGUCACUAGCAUCCUGACCAACACCCACCACUCCCCAAUUAUUGUCUUUAAAGUUUAAAGAAACCAGAAUCCAGUGCUCACAGAGAUGCUGCAGCUUUUCAAGUACAAGGAAUGUCUUCUUUUAUGCAAUAGGAGGUCUCUUUAGUGGCACUGUUUGUAAAGUUGCAGUAAGCGUUUGACCAGAGCUUAGUUGUUAGAAAACGCCAAACAUUUGAUGGUUGCAGCUUCUCAAAUGUGAAGAUUUGAAGCUCUUUUGUUUGAUACAUGACUGUAAACUGAUUGGACAAAACAAGAAGAUGGCACCUUGGGAUCUGCAAACUCUUCAAAAUCAACAAGAAGUACGCAUUUCCUUCAUCUGUGACUUAUUAUCCUUAGCACUAGGUGGUUUUUCUCAUAGUAAACCAUUGUUUUCAGGUACAGUAUAGGUUUGUUAACCUGCAUGGCAAAAAAUGAGAGUGCUGGACAGAGAAUAUAUGAAAAUAAAAAGUAAUGCAAGAUGUUAGUAACAUCAUAGCGCUCCCAGUAAAAAUGUUUUAAUUACAAAGCACACUAGUAAGGUUUCAAUCAUAAUCUUUAUCUGGUUCACCAUUUGCUUCGAGGUGGGGGGUUGAAACACAUCUGUUGGUGAUAUAAAUCAGGCUGUUGGCUGAACAGAUGUUUAAAGGAUAUGGCUGGCCUUUUUAAAAAAUAUAUCUUAUUUUCAACAAUUCUCAUGUGCAGAGCCAUACCAACAAUUAAUUGAUCCUACUUAAUAUAUUAUAAUAUAAUAUAUAAAUAUUGUGUGUGUAUCCAAAGCCUGAUAUAUCUUAUUCCUUUGUGCCAUAGGUCUUUGUUGUUGUCCAAAAACCGAUUUAAAAACUCAUUAAUUAGCUACAGCAUGGCUCUGGGUGACCUGUUCCUUCACCUGAAGCAGUUAUGGUAGUUUGUUUAGAAAUUACUCCAAACAUUAAUAGCAGCCAUCACAUUUUUACUCUCUAGAGUAGUUCUGUGUACAGUAGAUGCCACUGCACGUGUUGGAAUGCAGUUCUGUUCAUAGCUGUGGUACUUGUCGUGCUACAUAUCACAACCUCUUGACUUUGUCCUGAAGUUCUUUGAGAAAUUUAAAAUCUAGCACAAAGUCAAGAGGUUGUGGCGAAGCACCAUAAACAGAACCACAUUCUCGCACAUAUACAGCAUCAUCUUUUGAGCCAUUUCUAAACAAAGUGUCGCCCCUCGGGGUGAAGGAACAUGUCACCAUAUGCAACAGUGUGACUCAUUGUUGUGUUUCAGAAGAGGUCUACGGCACAAAGGCUUAGGAUGCACACACAUAAUACUGCAGAAUCAAUUCAUUUAUGGCUUGGCUCUGCCUAUAAGAUUUUUUCACAGCAAGGAAAAUAUAGAAAAUCGACAGCUUUAUCUUUUAAUCGUUCAGUGGUUAGUUGCUUUCAUAAGAUGUACAUAUCAUUUUGUAUAUAGAUAUCAAAAAAUCUUUCUGAAAUACAAAUAAAACAUUUUGUAAUUAAAAUAUUUUUAUUGGGAGCCAUACAGUCCUGUGAACAUCUUUUAUUUUUGUAUUACGAGCAUCUGAAAUGGCAUUACUAGCAACCCCUUCACAUUACAGGGAGUCUAUUGAUUCAACAUUAAUAUCUGAUUAAUGCAUUAAUUAUGUCUCUUGUCUUACUGAAACACUACUUGCACUUAACAAGUAAGCAACACAUGUAUGCUUUUUUAGAUUUGUCUGAACAUUGCUAUUACAAACCUGAUGAGAAUAGUGCUUGGCCAAAGUAGUUGAAGGUUGCAUGUUAUUGUGUUAUUGAAAGAAAUGACAAGAUAUUCCAUUCAUUCAUAUAUAUACUCCAAAGCUUAGGCAACAUUUUAUGAAUCAAACUGUGAAAGAAGUAGAUGUACAAAUGUAUUCCUUCAUUAAUAUUUUAUUAUACCACAGUAAUAAUGUGGUAACAUUCUGUAAUCCAUAGUAUGACUCUGAAAAGGUUAUAUGACAACUAUGGACGUAGAGCAAUGUAAGAAGUCUCUUAAGGUUUUUUUUGUAUCCUCGACUGAUUGUGUAAAUGCUCUCUGUGUCCAAAAAAAACAAUAAACACUUCAUAUGAAUAUGUCCUCUGCUAUGCA